AUGUGGUCGGCUGGCGCUAUCGUUUGUUCUCCCUUAUUCCGCAUUUUUUCGACUUGUUGUCCUAUAAGAAGAUCAACGCUUCAUAGGGUAAGCUCUUUCACUCUGUUUCAGCACGCUCACCUUUAAUUUAAAUUCAAAAAAAAAUUUGAUGUUUUUUUACAAUUGUGUUUGACACCUUUGUUUUUUUGACAUGAGAAUUUCAAACAUAUCCGUUUUUUUAUAUGUUUUUUAAAAAAAUUCCUCCUAGCUUUUUGAAUGCUUAUUUUCUCUUGUUUUUCAAAUUUUGCUUUUUACUGGUUUCUCUCAUGAGAGUCUUAGGGCCCUUCAAAAAAAUCGAAAUGGUUUUUAUUUAAUGCGAAUUCAUUUAUUUUUUUGCGAAAUUGAUUCCUUCUUCAUUUUUCUCAAAAAGGUGGACCAGUUUAGAUUGUUAACUAUAUUUUUGUGUGUGGAAAAUUUCUCUAAAAGAGACAGACGGAAAUCUUCUAAUGAAAUAACCAAAUUACUUUAUAUUUUCAUGGUAAUGUUUUUUUCAGACGUUCUCAACUUUUUUUUCAGUGCUGUACAUGUACUGUAUACAGUGAUUAUAUCAUAUCCAUAGAUUAAUCUUUUUUCCGAGUGUGUUGCUCUAAACUUUCAAGCUUAUAAAGUUUUAAAAAAAUUUUCCAUUUGUGUCAUUCGUUUCAAUGUUAUCUCCCAUAAUAUUAUGUAGCUCUGCGUGAAAUAAGACUGAAUCCAUUUUUUUUCUCAUGGUGUGAGCAAGUCAGAAUAGAGUUGUGUUUAUUAUCAAAACGAUGUGAAAUUUCUAUGUGACUGAGAAAUUUUUUCGUUGUUAUUUCUGCUAACAAAACUGUUUUUUUCUUAGACAUUUUCAAUGAAGAUACGCGAAAAGGGCACAAGAAUAUGCGUCAUAAACAUUUUUUUUGCGUUUUUUUUUCCGAAAGUUUUUCUUUUUUUUCCAAAUCUCGAUUACUAAAAUUCUAGGCAGGCUCAUCUUGUUGAUGUAAAAUUCAAUGCAUACAGGAUAUGGCGUCGGAUGUUUUAAUUUUCACUCUUUGUAUGAACUCUCUUCUUUGGAUGUGAAGGAAACUUCGCCGCACGUCGAAUCUAAAUAAUAAAAAUUUUUGAGCUGUUUUGUUUUGAAGGGUCGUAAAUUUGAAAACCGACGUUUACGAGCUGUCCUAUAGCGUUGAGAUAGCCAAGUUUCAAAUUUUUUUUUUUCAUUGUUUAUGUUUUCAAAAACGUUUCAAUAAGCAUAUCGAAUGAAGAACAGAAGAGGCGUCUUUAGAUACGAGAAAAAAAAAAUCGCAAACGCCACUCUUCUCGUUUAUUUUUUCCUGGUUUUACGAGAGCUGUUCGCAAAUUAAAUUUGGCCCGAGAAGCGUUUUUCAAACACUAUGAAUACCCCAUUUCUACAUCUUAACAACGAAAUAUUUACUUCAAAGGCAGAUCGUCUUCAUCAUGAUAGUUUCAUAUAUUUAGUGAAUAAUUUCUUCUUAGUUUUCCAAUCAAAAUGGUAGGAAGUUUCCUUGAAAAAGCAUUUCCAUGAACUUUUAUGGAGGAACUUUCGUAUUCGUGUUGAUCUAAUUUAUCUUUUUAGUAUAAUGGUCAUCCGAAAACUGUCGAUAUGGGCGCUGGCAUUCCUUCUUUUUCCUCUAAAACGCUCACGGUGCAGCCUAGCUCCAUCAAGUUCGAAGAAUCGAAUUUUAAGAACUACGGAGCCAUCAACUUCCGCUUAGAGUACGACUUUGAGCAGUCAAAGGUUUUUUUUUCAUAUCAAAACACCUCUCUUCAUUUUAUUAAUUGAAAAAUGCUCUAGCACAAAAAUUUUUUUCUCUAGAAUAAAUUUAACAAAAUUCUCCACGUAUGUUUAUGACAUUUCAUGGAAUUUUAGAUUUUUUUUUUCCAAAACUUCUUUUUUCGUUGAUGUGCCUUAUUUCUCAUUUUUCACUGAAGGAUAGAGAGCAUUCAUGAUGUUAUUUUUCGGAGCUUUAACCUUAAGAUAAAAAAGUUUGUAGUGGUUUUUUUCAGCUCUCUGUCACCAUCAUGAAAGCAAGCAACCUACCUGCUAUGGAUAGAAAUGGGAUGUCCGAUCCCUAUGUCAAGCUUUUUAUUUAUCCAGAAAGGAAGCAAAAAUAUGAAACUAAGAUUAUACGCAAUACACUGAACCCAACUUUUAACGAGACGUUUUUAUUCGCGGUUUGUUUAGGCGUGGAUAACUCAUGAAAGUGAAAUACAGAUUCCUUUCAACGAACUACAAUCAAAAACACUCAUGCUCGUUGUGUACGACUACGAUCGCUUGUCGAAAGAUGACAAAAUGGGACAGAUUGCUGUUCCCUUGGAAUCCAUAGAUUUUGGGACAACUUCUGACAUCGAGAAGCCCUUGGACAAGCCCGAAAAUGAUGACGAGGUGGUUUAGCAAUUUUCAGGAUACUAAUCUGGAUUUAUGGCGAAGGAUUGGUGUGCUGACAUAUUCCUCUUCUUCUUAGUUAAUCAAAUGGAUGGAUUCCGUUACAAAAUUUAGCUUUUUUCUAGCAAAAUGUUUUCACUCUUCUCGCAUUUGAAAAAAAAAACGGAGUGCAAAUAGUUGUUUGUUACUGAUAUGAGCAUUUUUCUCGCAAAAGCUAGAAUCGCAUAAAAACAGGCAAAACUCAAAAUGAGGAAAAGAAAAAGAAUCUUUAUUUCAAACCAAGGUUCCUCAUAACUUUCUGUGAGUUUUAGCGCGAGUCAAGACUUGGAGACAUUUGCUUUUCUACACGAUACAGAUCUGCAACGGGAACCGUUACGUUAACGAUAAUGGAGGCCCGAAACUUGAAAAAAAUGGACGUUGGCGGCUCUUCAGGUUUUUUCCUCGUUUUCUCGACUUCAACUUUGCGAUUUUUUUUCGUCACAUCAAUAAGAGAAAUUGUUUAAAAAAAAUUUCAAUUUUUGAAACUUAUCCUUUUCAGGGUGUUUAAGAUUAAUUAUUUGCAGUUUGAAGCCUCUUUUUUUCCGGAAACGCGGGCCUUAUUUGACGUUAGGGUCAAUAAAAAAAACAAUCAAUUUUUUUCAAUUUCAUGAAUGCAGCUUCAGAUAAACCUGUUCGAGGUUGUUUAUGGUAGUUUAGAAUACUUUUUUUCUGGUCGUAUAAAUAUUUUUUUUGUUUGAAAUUCUUAUUCAGGCAUCACUUUUGGUAAGUCAAGAGAAAAGUUAUGAGAAACUUCCAAAAGAAGAAAAGGCAAUGUCUUAAACAUAUCAUCUAGGUCUCUUAUUUCACUUCAAACAAAAACCUGAAAGAUUUAUGCCCAGAAUCUAAAUCUUUAUUCGGUCUAUAAGAGCUUUUUACAAUAAAAAAAGUUUUCAAACAUUUUUGAAGAAUCAAUUCAAUUAUUAUUUUUCAUAAAAUCGCGAAGCCUCUUGAAGUUCGAACUAUUUUUUCCAUAUUUCAGACCCGUAUGUGAAGAUAUACUUGUAUCACGGGAGGAAGCUUCUGAGCAAAAAGAAGACUCUUCGUAAAUACAAAACACUCAACCCAUACUACAACGAAAGUUUUCAAUUCAAAAUAGAUCCACAAAUGAUGGAUGUUAGUUUCAACUUUUGAAUAAGCAUUUCAAUGAUCUUUUUCAGAAAGUUCACGUGAUCAUAUCUGUUUGGGAUUACGAUAAAAUGAGCAAGAACGACUUUAUUGGAGAAGUUACACUGGCCAGCAGGUCUUUGAAUCUUCCUCAGGUAGAAUUUUGAGGUCAAAUGAUAUAUAUUUUUUUCAUUUGUGUAUCUAUAUUUUUCGUGAAUUUAAUUUGAAUGAAAAUGGGGUGUUUUCGGCAUAUUUAGUGUUCUGCACACUAUUGAUUUUGAAGGUGAGUCACGCCUGCUCGGAACAAUGGGCCGAUAUGAUGAAUUCACGUCGCCCUGUAGUUCAAUGGCACACCCUUCAGGAACGAAUGGAAAAAGAGAAAAAAGAAGAAAAGAGUUAA